UAAUCAGAUUGAAAAAGAAAUAUUCAGAUACUUAUAUCUGCGUAAUUUCAUUAUGCCAUCUUGUGACUUGUUAUCAACACAUAUUUGCUAAACGGUGCGGACAGCAUGGGUCUUAAUUGUUUACGUUAAACCUAAUUAAGGUAGUGUUAAACGUUUAAUGGCGUAUCGUCAUUUACCCGGUUGUGGAAAUGAAACAUCAUUUUACGAAUUCAUGACAUUACAGUAUGUUUCCACAACUGAAUAAACAAUACAAGAAUAACAAUGAAACGUUUCUACAUCAACAGAAUUGCUAAAAAGAACUUUAAACGUCUUUUUCCUGUGAAAUCAUAGGCGGUUCGAGAGAAUUGUUUGCACGGAAUCUGUAUUAAACAUGUGCCAAUAAUAUGAUAUUUGAGUUGAAAUUUGGAAGACGUUACUAGUUAGGUGUAAUCAUAAUUUACAAAAAUAAGGUCGACAAUAUGACAAAUUAGUGGUCAAACAUUCGUGUCAGGUUUGAAAACUUAAUAUUUAUCUGAUUUGAAGUACUCCGGGAAUUAUACCUCGGGCGUCUUCAUGAACCUGACCCUCUUCAACCAUAAAACUUGUACCCCGCUCCUGGAAAUGUUAAAAAGAUGGCUUUUGAUAUUGGUGACAUGCGUAGUAUGUUUUAACUGUUUAUUUUGUAUAAGACUUACUUGUGAUCAAACCUACGAAGCCAGAAAUGGUCAUCUGUGUUAUCCGUGCAGUCCGGGAUAUUUUAAAGUUUCAGACUGCGUUGUGAACUAUGAACAAGCAAGGUGCAUGCGUUGUGGAAAUGGAAAAUACCAGCCUUAUUGUGAUAACUCUAAAAAAUGUGCUAGCUGUAGACCUUUCUGUCCGCCUGGACAAGUCAUAGUUAAACACUGUAAUGCAACCAGUAAUAAAGAAUGCCAGUGUGAAGCUGGCUCCUUCUGGAAACAUGAUGCACCGAAGCCUGAUGAAACGAAGCCUGGUGCAGUGAAUCCUGAUGAAGGACAUUGCAAGCCACACAGUAAGUGUAGACCAGGAGAGGGAAUGUUUGAAACAGGAACAGCAUAUGAAGAUACUAAGUGUAAACCAUGUAGGGAAGGAUUUUCCUAUUCGGACAAUUCUUCCUUCGGCAACUGUAAACCAUGUUCUAUAUGCAACACAACAGUAAUCGCCAGUUGUACAGCUACGCAUGACGCGGUUUGCGGCGAACAGUUUCCUCAGCGGCCCUUAACAACAAAGAACUUGUCAACGGGUCCAGAUGCUGGUAUUAUCUCGGCGAUAGUUAUUUCUGUAGCCGCUGUUUUAGUAGCUGUGGUGGUGUUAACACUUCUCUUCUGCAGGCGGAAACGGAAAAAAAAUUCUGACCCUUUCAAGGUGGAUUUAUCACAUAGUAGUGAAGAGCGUGGUCAUGGAAGUGGUUAUAAUGACACACCUGGUAACCUAAAUGGUGCCGUUGAAACUCCUAAAGACAGAAGUCUGUUCAACAACAGUAUAUCUCAAAAGAAUAAAAAUGAAAAUAAUUAUGAAAAUGAAUCAACAAAUAGUUUCCUCAAUUCACAAGGAAGCCGCAGCCACGAAGAUUCGCAGCCACGUAAUGAAAACGACACGAAUCCCGAUAGACUUGCCAGCAGCGAAGUCGACCAAAAUGAACCGAAAAAUGAAUAUGUUUACCCCAAGCAAACAAUAGAAAAGUGUACCAAGAUCAAUAUACCUGGUCCAAAGGACAAAAAUCCGAUCCCGGACUGUAAAGUAAGCGAAUUACAAGAAGAUAGUACUGUUAAAGUAAGCGGAACAGAAAGUCAGCAGCAAGAGGACCCACGUAGCAAAAUACAGUUUGAGGACGAAAACGAAGACUUAACAGUGCCCCAUGACAAAAAAUGGGAGUCAGAAGGUACUAGACGCCAAAGCUCACCAUUAGGCGACGCAACCACCAUGCAAACUGACCUUGAAACACCAGUAGAAAGAAAAGUAGUACCUGCUAAUGAAAUGGUCGAGAACGAGUCAUUAUCAAAUAGCUGCGGUGAAAAUGCUCCUAUAAGUACAGACGCUGCUGCAGUAUCCCCUAGAAGUUCCUUUCGGUCUGGCGGAGUAAAUUUACAGUUAAGGAACCCUGUGUCCCCAUUAGAUGAUGUAUCGAAAGCCCAAAGGAUUGAAGAAAAUGAAUCAAAGGUAAGAAAUUAUACUGGCGAAGAUUCCGAAGAGGAUAGAUCGGAUGACACCUGUCAAGAAGAGAUAAUAUGGCGAGAAGUUAUCUUUCUUGUGUGUCGUAUUGUACCAUGGGACCAGUUCAAAAUGUUCCUCAGAAGACUGACAGCGGAUACGAAUUCUGCACUGUUUCAGUCGGUUGAAGCAGAUAUGACAAAUGUUUUUCUUGAGGUGCACAACAAAUCCCAAGAGGCUAUGUACCAGCUUAUGAUUAGAUGGAGACAAGCAACGCCAAAAGUUGUAACAAACGAUUUCAUUCAAGCCCUAGAACGUUGCCAACAAAAACGUAUUGCUGAAAAACUAAAAUCGUUGAUAGAAAAUAUACAGGUACCAGACAAAAGAGAUGAGAUUCAAAUCUCUGAUAACGGACAGAAUGUUGUUGAAGCACCUCCACGCGGUGAACUUUCAACUUCGGAUACUUUACAGUCUCUAAACAUUGAUACAAACGCAAAUGCUGCAAAUGAUCACGGUGCAAACAAUAUACGGAUGAUGGAAUUAAAACUGUAACAAGCUCAGCUCUUUGUUUAAAAAACUAUUAAGCGGCCCGUUGUCGAUUAAAUUUCGUGAAAAUGGUUACUUUAACAAGUUUUUAACUUUAAGAAAGUUCGUUCAAAUGUAAUUUUAUGAUAUGAGGAUUUGCUUGAUUUUGCCAGAAAUAUUUAUCGACGCGCAUCGAUUACAACAGUUCAUACGGUUACUCCCCAUUAUAUGUAUAAUCAUCACGAAAAUAGUAUGUAUUGGAUCUUAUAUCUAAUACAAAAUUACUAUUUUUACACAAAUUAUUUCCACGUGAAUCCUGAAACAAAGUCUACCAGUUUAAUUUAGACAUUAGUCUCCACAUCUCAUUCAUGCUAGAUUACGAGAAGAGCCUGUUCUAUUCGCAUAACGCUGAGCAUAUUAAGGGAGCAACUGGAAUUUUCAAUUCCUUGGUACGCGACCAGGGAUUGAAUCCGCGACCUUCCGCACUAUAGGCGGACGCUCUACCAUUAGACAACAUUAAUUCUAUGAAAGUUGAAUCGGCGGUUGAACCUCACCGGGGAGUCAAAGAGACAGAGAGGUCACAGUUAGUCAGAGUAGCUGGUCCAGCGAUGGGACUUUAUUCCUGCCCAUUAGACAACAUUAAUUCUAUGAAAGUUGAAUCGGCGUUUGAACCUCACCGGGGAGUCAAAGAGACAGAGAGGUCACAGUUAGUCAGAGUAGCUGGUCUAGCGAUGGGACUUUAUUCCUGAUAGAUCUUCAGAUGACAAUAAAGCCUUGCAGCUGGUUUGCCGAAGAUAAUUUAUUCUUGAGAGAAUGUCUUCAUAUUACUAUUAAGCGAUGCAAUGAAUUUUUUCCUUGGCGAAAAACUUUUAAUCAAGUACCGAGAUUUUCGGACAAGAGUAUUGUUAGCAAUAGGUUGAAGGAUCAGUUUGUACAAAAUUGGAGUAGAGUUGUUGAAAACUCUAGUAAAUGUUUAAACUAUAGAAUUAUCUUCAAGUCUUUUCAUUUGAAAAUUACUUCAGAAUUCUUCAAACUAAUUUUGUCAUUGUAGUUUUUAAAUUAAGAUGUAUUAACCAUAACUUACCUAUUGAAAAGGACAGGUUUAUUAUACCCAGAGAAUUCAGGUACUGUUAGCUUUGUAAUUUAAAUCUUUUGGGUGAUGAAUUCCAUUGUCUAUUUAAUUGCACACACUUUAAUGACUUUAAUGACUUGAGAAGAAAAAAAUUGGAUAAGUUUUAUUUUCAGCACCCAAAUUCUAUUAUAUUAAGUUUUCUAUGCUAUGAACAGUGAUAGUAAGGGUACGCUGUUGAAGCUUUCAAUUUUUUGCAAAAAAUAUUGUUAGCAUGCAUGUAGUAGGUAUUAUCUCAUUUAUCACAUGUAAUUUUCUCAUUCUCCACAUGUUAAAUACAUUGCAAUAUACUAUGUAUUGCCAGUUUUGUAUCUUGUGUUAUUGUUUUUAUUGUCUUAUAUGUCAGAUUUUUGGACAAGAGUAUUGUUAGCAAUAGGUUGAAGGAUCAGUUUGUACAAAAUUGGAGUAGAGUUGUUGAAAACUCUAGUAAAUGUUUAAACUAUAGAAUUAUCUUCAAGUCUUUUCAUUUGAAAAUUACUUCAGAAUUCUUCAAACUAAUCUUGUCAUUGUAGUUUUUAAAUUAAGAUGUAUUAACCAUAACUUACCUAUUGAAAAGGACAGGUUUAUUAUACCCAGAGAAUUCAGGUUCUGUUAGCUUUGUAAUUUAAAUCUUUUGGGUGAUGAAUUCCAUUGUCUAUUUAAUUGCACACACUUUAAUGACUUUAAUGACUUGAGAAGAAAAAAAUUGGAUAAGUUUUAUUUUCAGCACCCAAAUUCUAUUAUAUUAAGUUUUCUAUGCUAUGAACAGUGAUAGUAAGGGUACGCUGUUGAAGCUUUCAAUUUUUUGCAAAAAAAUGUAGUCGGUAUUAUCUCAUUUAUCACAUGUAAUUUUCUCAUUCUCCACAUGUUAAAUACAUUGCAAUAUACUAUGUAUUGCCAGUUUUGUAUCUUGUGUUAUUGUUUUUAUAUGUCAGAUGCCUUCAUGGGCCUUGAAUGUCAAAUUAUAGUUAACCUUGAAGCAAAAUUCCUAUCGUAAUAUCGUCCCGCCUAGGCGAGCCGAAAAUAGACGUGGCUUGUUGAUAAAGAUAUGUAAUAGAUUUAUUAGUAGAUAGAGAAAGAAAUAUGUAGUAUGGUUUGCUAUUUUGAUAUACAAUACUUGGUAAACAGUACUUGUUUUACUGUGUUUUAAACAUAGAAAGUGUACAAAUUUAAUAAUAGUCUCUCGUAUGCCUAUUUCAAAAAAGGUUUCCUUGAUAAAUCCUAUGUUAAUUAAUAAUGUAUAGUAUAUGUAUAUUGUAUCAUGGAAAGUGAGACUCUAAUAAAACUUACAUGUAUCUUAUCUUAGUAGAUGGGAUAAGAGAAAUUCACUGUAUCAUCCGCUGCUGUUAACAUAUACCUAUCUACUGAAAAUAAACAAUUAUUUCCUUGUUGCGUUAACCCAAAUGUUAAUUUAUGACGCAGUAUGGGUUUAAGUUACAUUAACAGUGUCAUAGACUGUUUGUUUAGCUUUUUAUGUUGGAUAAAGAUCCUAUAUUCCCAUCGAAUGGGGUAUUUUACAUGCACAUGUGAGCAUAUCGGCUUUCAGGAAAGUCAGCUAAAUUACUUCCUCACUUUACGAAUUGAGCAAAACUCGAACUCUAACUAAAAGGGGUGAGUGUUCUGCCACGUAGGUUCAAAAACAAUUAUUAUAUAGUUUCUAGGGGCUCCUGGAUAUUUUUGGGCAGUAUCUUUCAUAAUUCUACUGUUUAUUUACAUACAUUUUGGAAAACUGCUUUGUUAAUAAUAUAUUAAAGGUUCAACAAAUAAAAUAGUGCAAAUAAAUUAUUUCAUUUAUUUAAUAAUUUUAUAUAUAACUGUUUUUAAAAAGUCACAAAAAUACGUAACAAAGGUCCAUAAUGUAUUUUUGUUUUAAUUGUGGCUAUCGCAUUCUUUGUGAUGAAUAUAAAAUAUUUCUGUUCUUGUUAAAUCAUAUAUUUUCAGUAAUGAUUGUAGGUUUGAUUCACUUUGUGUUAUUGUCUGAGUCUGCUGAUGAUUAGUGCUACUAAAUGCUUUAAAUGACUGGUGUUAUCAAAAUGACACGAAUGUUAAUGAUUGUAAAAGUAAUGUACAUUUUUACCCAAGUCAGAAUUAUACACCCAGUUUAGAUUUGUGUGUGGAAUACAUCAGAUUAACAUUGUGUAUAGAUAUACUUUGGAUAACGAUGUUACUGUUUAAUCUGUUGCUAAGAGUUCCAGUCGGUCGUGCAUUAGGUUUGUUUAGUACUAAAUGCAAGACAUGCAGUGGUGUACCAAAAUAUGAUGUCUUUACAAAAUUAUACGAUUCUAUUGUUUGGCCAGUUAUAAUUAUUGUGCUCUUUUGUGGGGGUUUCGAUCAUAUUCGUGUAUAGAAGAAUCUUUUAAUACUUUCAUUGUUUUAGAAAUAUCGUAGUAAAGAAGUCAAAAUGUAAUAUGGUUAACAGUGGUGCUUCGGUUUUAUUCCGUAAACCUGUAUAGAAAUAACGAUAAAUAGCUGUGAUAUUGUCAGCCAUCUCUUAUAUCUCAAUGUUAGAGUUACAUUGUACUUUUAUGCUGUUAACCUUGUUAUAUAUUACAAUUAUUAAAUGUAAUCACAAUGAUGAGAAUUAAAUAAAGAUUGAAGAAAAUAUCACUGAAUCCAUUUUUUAUUUCUUCCCUUAAUGAUUUUACCUGUAUACGUUCAUGUGUAACAUUAAAACUGGUGUUUUUCUAACCAUUUAAUAUGCUUAUUUUUUCUACCGGUAUUUGGAUACACAUUUUACCUGUUUUAGCAUAAAAUUAAAAGCCUUGUAAAGUAGUAUUUUAUACGACUAGCAAAUACCAUUAAUAAUCUUUCACUGACAUAAGGUCAGAUAUCAAGCCAAAUAUAUAUUUCCUAAGGUAUUACAGGAUAAGGAAGUUAUUUGUUUUUGUCAUGGUUUCCCAACCUUGUAACGAAGUACAUUUGUUUCUGAAUUCUAGACAUUUGGGUGUAUUUUUUUGACUU